UUUGGCAUCAACAGGCGCGAGACACGGAACAGAGAGCUGUCGGUCGCGUGUGUCUCCGGAGUUGUUCUGUUUUUAAUUGUUCGUGUGCGGGAAUUGAAUCUUUGUUUUUAUUUUAUUUUUAUUUUUUUUAAUUAAGUCUAGCGACCGACGUCGAUGGAGAGGGCGUCCUGCUAGGGGCCACCUCGCCAUGUCCUUUCUCAGCCUUCGAGCCACUGUCAGAUAACAAAUCGAUUCACCAAUUGUCGGGAGGGACGCCGCCAGACAAAAUCCUCUACUGAUGGCUUUCUUCCGGCAACUGAAACUCCUUCUCUGGAAGAAUUGGCUUGGGGUCAUCAGGCAGCCAUUAUGGUCGGUGACUCUGCUUUUAUGGCCUCUGGUCAUCUUCAUCAUCAUUGCUGUGGCCCGCAAAAGCUUCCCUCCAGUACAAAAAGAUACAUGUUUUGUGAGACCCCGAAACCUGCCCAGCGCGGGCGUCUUCCCUUUCCUGCAGACGCUCAUGUGCAACACAGACAGCAACUGUCAAAACACGAGCCUUGAGGACCAGGCUGCAUCAAGGGCCGCGAGGGCCCCCUUACGUGAAACCAGGUCAUCCCCACUGAUGCAGGAGGCCGAUUUCUUGAACUUCGCCUUCCCCAAAGACUCCAGAAAUGAUCCCGCCGCAUUGAUUAAGGCCUUGAAGAACCUUUUGGGUCCAGCUAACCAAGGAAGAUCCUAUAAUGCCUCUUUCAUGAACGCCAUGAAUGUCACUUUCCCUGGAAAUCAGGAGGCCAUGGACAAAAUGCUGGGGUCAGUAUACCUGUUGAAGAGCGCCAUCUGCAAAGUAGCACUGCCCAUGAUAAACGCGACGUCAUCACCGGACCCCCUCUCCUACGCCGCGGUCACUUUCUGCAAAUCCAACAACACCGUGUUAGAGGUCUCCAUCAAAGCACUCAACCAGAAACUGACGGAUCUGCUGCUGACAAAACCAGAUGAGAUGGCGACGGUGGCCGCGGCUGCGGUGUUGGUCUUCGAUGGGCUGCAAAACCAGAACUCACUGUGGGAGAACCUUCUGGCCGUUCCCCAGCUCUUCUCCUCCGGUUCAGACGAGAGCGGGCUGGCCGGCGCGGAGGCCCUGCUCAGCAGCAUAAAGAGCUCCUUGCAUAUCAUCCGGAGCGUUAUCCCUGAAGCCAAUGCAUCACUUUCCGCAGUGGAUCCGCUCCUCGCUGGAGGCCUCAACCUGAUCCAUUAUGUUCAAAACUGGCCUGGCAAAGAUGUCACCAUUUCUCUCGGAGAGAUCGUCACGUUGGAGAAUGACUCACUAAGUGAAAUGGUAAAACGCAUUCUGCAAGAGGUCAAAAUACCGCUGGACAAGGCCGUCGGCCUAUUAUUGGACAGAGACAUUGUGCUCAUGCACUUGUGUGGCAGUAACAGCAGUAAGACAUUGUGGUUAGCAGGAGCGUGCAGUACAGGGACCGUGGACAUGCUGCUGGACUGGAUCAGCCCCGAUAAGGUGGCCAAGCAGGCUCUCUUGGUAUGGAGUAAGGAUGUUGCUCCACAUGAUGUAUCCUUCGCCAGAGAGCUGCUGCAGACUUUGAUGGGAGGGGGAUCCCCAGGAGGACAAGGAGGCAACAUGCCGAGGGCCCGGCGUAGCUUAGAUACACAACCACAAAGCGUUGAUGAGGAGUUGUUUCUAGAGGUUGGUCAAGUGGUGCUUGAGAUCAUACAAAUGGUGCCAGAGCUGGAUGUGGUGGUCCAGAGCAUCCUCAGAACGGGCUUUCUGUCCAUGAAGUCAGCAACAGUGGCCCUUGAUACUGUUGAAGAAAUGAUCGCCAAUGUCCUGAGAGAUGCUGAUCAACUCCAAACAACCUUUCGAACAUUGCUGACAAACCAGUCUGAGGCAAACGUCUGGACUGGUCAUGUCGUGGACAGCGUGGUGGAAAUUAUCCAAAUGAUUCCAAAGAUCAUGUCCUCUGAACCUUUCAAAUGUGAGGAUAUCUUGGGUCCCUUUGAGUGGCUCUUCAACACUAAAAGCAUAACGAUGGAGUUGUGGAGGUCAGCGAUCUGUCAGAACAUCUCUGCUCUACAGCAAGCGCUACUAACGGACUGGCAGCCAUUCGUUGAGACGGUACAGGGCGUAUAUGGUGCCCUGCUAGGCCAAGGAGACUACAACGUGACACUCCCCAUGGUUCUCUCCCAGUGGCACCAGAUCUACAAUAACAGCGUGCAGUUUGGCGUGCAUUCCAACAAACUGGCCACGCGGCUGAUGGGAAAAUACUGGACGGACUGGAUGCCAAACAACAGCACUCAUGAUGUUACAUCGACUCUUCAACAAAGUGUUCCCUGGUUCAUGGUGAGUUUGGGAGAGAGGAUUGAGAAGACUCCACUGUGGCCCGAGGUAAAGGACUAUUUCCACAUGCUGUACUGGAUUUUGAACUACAGGCCAGACGUCACAACCCCGCCAGCAAACUGCUACAUUAACAUCACAUCCUCAACCAUUCAUUGCAAUACUGGUUUGGAAUGGCCACAGUUUGUUCAAGCAAUGACUCAGGCUCUGAUGUCGUCAAACGAAGACCUCCUGGUGAAUUGUCUCAAAGGAACAGUGAAUCUGUUGCAGCAUGUGUACGGUGACGUGUAUCUGCGUUUGGCGGGAUCACACUUGAAAGAAAUCGAAGGAGGAGACGCGCUCUCUGACUACCUGAUAAAUCUGGUCCAAAACCUGAAUGGCUUUGUCAACACGAUCUCCAUGCUCCCCGACGAAAACAUCACCAACCUCGACGUCAUGCGUCCGCUCGUCGGUAACCUGUUACAGUCCACGGGUCUGACGCCUCUGCUGCCUUUGCUCUUCAGCGACGGUCCCCUGAAUGUCUCUGCUGUGUUCGACGUUGCCUCAAAGAUCGGCAGGCUCAACCAGCACGUUUUUACCUUCAAUGAAACGGACCCAACGAUGCCCGAACUUGAACGGUUGAUGAUGCAGUUCUUCUCCUCGGAAGGUAACCUCACCAUGUCUCUCUCCUACAUCAUGGGACACACUGUGCUCACCUAUUCCAACUACUUCACACCCGACAAAGUGGCGCGUCUCAGAGAAGCCAUCCAGCCUUUCACCAACCAGACCUCAGCAGGCCUUGUAGAAGCCAUCCUCAGUGCCAUGGAGCAACUGAAGAAAGUGAUGGACUCUCCAAACGGUGACCCAACUACCAUCAUCCUUGGGUACUUAGGCCAGCUUCAGGAAUGUGUGGUGUCCCUGUUCAGGCUCCAACAAAUCCAACAGGUUCGGUUACCAAAUGGGCAGCUCAGCCCUGCACAAGUCAUUGACCUCCACCUGAUUGCCAAGGACUUUCUCAACCUUUUGAGCCCAGAAGGCCUGCAGAACUUGUCUCAGGCGGGACCAGACGCUGCUCAGACCGUUAUUGCUCAGAGAUUUGUUGCGUUCCUACCAACUGAGGUCCAACGGGAGGCUUCUCGCCUUCUCCGGGAUUUCAAAGCGCUGCAGAGUCAGAUGACGGAAUGUGCAGCAGGUGGAAACUGCUCUGCUGGGAUCUCAGAAACCUUUGCAUUACUGGAUCAGAUCCUAGACAUGAUGCUCUCGGCCAACGGCAAUGUAACCUUGAAUUUAACCGUGACGAACUCGAUCCUGGAGGGAUGGCAAUAUGACGAAGUUACAUCCUCGUUCUUUUCACUGCUCUCCUCCAACGAUAAGGGCUGCGUGCAAACAUUCAAGCAGAUUCUUCAUUUCAUCAGAUCGAUCGUGGCUACACCAAGUGUCACUGUGUCCGAUGUUCAGAAUGCUCUGAGGCAGGCAAACCUCACCCUUGAGGAGCUGAAUGACAUCGCUGCAUUAGCUGGAGCUGCCAACGUCAACAUCCUGAUAACCAACGUGAUGGAGGUGAGCAAUGUUAGCCAGUGCUACGAACAACAGCAAGACCACAUGAUGACAGCGCAGUGUGUUAUGGGACUGAUAAGCGGCGUCGGCAGCUUCCUCGCACGCCUACCCGCUCUCCGUAAUGAGUCCGCCAUCCUCUCCCUCAUUCCGAUGAUUGUCAAUAACACUGUCAGGGAUGUUGUUCAAGUUAACUUCAGCUCCAAUCCUAACAUGGCUCUCGCACACACCCUGAACAGCACCCUGGCCAAUAUCAAGAUGAACCUCAUGCUCAACCAACUGUACACUCCAGAGAUCAUGAAUGAAAUCACCGUAGUGGAGGGCCUCCUACAACUGGUCGCCAACACAGAACCAUUUAACAAUUUGAACAACACGAUGAACCCGUUGUAUGCUCAGGAAGAAUAUCUAAAAAUUGUGGAAUGGUACCUGAAAAGGCUGGAAAAUAUCACCAGCGCGAGCUCGGUCUCAGAGCUGCUCUCACCCUUCUACUACCUCACACAAAUGCAAGUGGCGUUACAGCUGGCACAGGCGGAUUUUGAUUUGUUUGCAAGUAAGCAGGUGGAGUUCUUGAUCAACGACCUGCAGUACCCAAUAGAUGGUGCAGGGGUGAUUAAAAUUGGCCUGACAACCGUGGCGAUUCUCCGGCGUCAGUUUGGACUCGUAAUGAGCAACCUAAAGGCUGAGAAUAACCUUACACUCGCUAACCAGUUGUAUCAAAACAACACCAUUCUUGAUCUCACUGAGCUCCAAGUUGAGCAAUACCUCGACCUGAUAGAGAAGUGGAUGAAACAACCAAAUGUCCAGUCGAUUUUCAGUAGUAUGCUCGGAUGGGGAGUCCCAGGCAGAAAUAUCUCCACCCCAGUGACAGACCUCCAGCACCUGCUGGGGACGACGGACACCCUUCUCGGAGAUGAUCAGCAGGCCUACCUCUCCAUCAUUGGCAACAUCACCAAGUCCCUGAGCAAUGCCUUAAUGGUGGCGGAGCAGCCAGCCGGCCUACAGAGUGACCACUUCCUUGAGGCCAUCGCGGAGGCCUUCCAAUAUGCAAUGCAGAUCCUGACCUCAGCCGCGAGCCCCCUGGCGCCCUCUGUGCAGCAGGACCUCCUGGAAGUUGUGCAGAACUCACUUCAGCUCAUUGUCCGACCAGAUGCAAGUUUUAUCUCAUCGCGUAACAUCACCCUCCUCAUCCUCAAGCGGGCGGAGAGCAUCAUCCAACAAACGGUGCCCGAAGUGUUUGCUCAAUACUUGCUUUCUGGGAUCAAAGUAGCAGCCACAUAUUUUGAGAGCAACCCUGUGGCCAAUGGAUCAGACAGCUUGAAUCUCCUUCUGGAUGAGAUGAAAACCAUCCAUAGCCUUCUACCGGCAAACUGCACAUCCCAGGCCUACGUCUCCGUGCUCAUUGACAUCACUCACUUCAUCCUGGAGUCUGGCCAAGGCAACUCGAGUCUGUGGGCAUAUUUUGCGAAUGCUUCAGUAGACAAUUGGCCAAUGAUUUUUGACAAGACCUUGAGCAUGCUUUGGGACCUCGGCACAGGCGGGCAACUCUCAAAUUCAACUGCUCCGUCUCUGGCGGGCUUUGCACAUCUCGCUCCGGUCCUGGAGCAACUGAUGACUGGGAAGGCCGACCAAGACACGUGGCAAAAACUUGAAGAGAUACUACGUGCCCUACUGUCAACCCUCGACGCAGCAGAUCAAUGGGACGGUGUCCCAUCUGCAAUCUUGCUGUUUGAGAAAAGCAUAGGUAGUCUGGUAAACAGCAUGCAAGCACAGAACGGGAUGAUUCAAAGCCUUCAGAUGCCUGUGGUGACUUUGAUCAGCAAAAUUGCACAGUCUGUGAACUCCAGCAAUUUUAACUUUUCGGAGAUCUCGGAAAGAAUGCAGCUUGCCAUUGAAGGCACGGUGCAGGCAGCCGAACAGUCUAAUGGCACAUUGGAGUGCAGUGGAGUUCUGAAGGCAUGGGAGCCAGUGAGAGAGGCGGCAGGGUUAAGCCAUUCCACCAUGGCCACCUGGUACAAUAUCAGCCUGCAGCCGCUUUUUGAGGCCUAUGCUGCAGACCAGACUGUCUUCACACACAUGAACAUGAGUGACAUGGGUACCGGACCGGAGUCUGUGAGUGCCACAUCUGGCCGGAUUGUCAGGGUCGUGCAGUCUUUCUACCAAGUCAACAUUAACAGCACACUUGUGACAGAGCAGCUCGUAGCAGCUUUCUCCAGCCAGAUCUCUCAGCUCACGAGCCAGCCUCUGAGCCCUGAGGCACAGCUUCACUGGAACCAGCAGCUCCAAGAUAUGCAGUUGCAAAACCGCUGGUCCUCAUUCAAAAUGCUUUCCGACGAGCUGGUAAAAAUGGCCCCAUGCCUCCAGCCUUACAUUGAAGCUAUGGAAAAAUCCCUGAACCACAUCCUGGACAACUACCCUCUCAUUCAAAACAACAGCUUAUGUGAAGACCUUUUCCAAGAGGCAGCAAUGAUCUUCCUCUCCUCCGCAAACAUCACAACAGACAACAUCUUCCCCAUGAUGUGGGGAAAUUUCAGCGACGCGUCUCUCGGCAAGAUAACAAGGGAAGCGGUACAACUGCUGGUUGACAUGAAGAUAUUUGGGAACGUGUCUUUGGUUUACCAGGCCCUGGAGCAACUUCUGGCAUCCAAUUUCUCAAGCGUGAUUGCGUCGGAGGCGGCCGCGCUGUCUGCGUGGUGGAGCGCCACCGAAGUGUCUGGACUGGAUCUGCUGACUCAGGCUCUGCUCAAAGUGUACGACAUCCUCAGCCCUCUCUUGUCUUUUGCGACCCAGUUGAGUGUGGACAUGUCGGCAGAUAUGGAGCUGUUUCAAGGUCUAGCCGGAAACAUGAGUGCAUUGCUGAGCCAGUUGGUAGGCACCGGUGGUCCCCUGGCCCCAAUGGGGUACCACCCGAGUAUGUUUCACCAGGGAAUGGCAGCCGGUAAUCAUACGACAGCGACCGGGGUGCGACACCGUCGCGAAGCCCCGUUGAUGCUGCCAAGGGAUCCCUUGGAUGACUUCAUGGACCUCUUCUCCAUUGAUUACCCGGCAAUGUUCAGAGCCAUAGCCGCCGGCGCCACCACUGCAGAUAUCAUGGAGACGGCCCACGUGGUCUUUGCCAACCCGGACCUGAGUGUCGUGGCGAAGGGAGCGACGAGGGACAUGCCGUGGGCUUUGAGUGCCGCUCGGGAGGAGACCAUUGAUGCCGCUCUGGGAGCGCUUUCCUUCCUCACUCUCCCUGGCGCGGUUCAGAUGUCAUCAAUGGAUCUACUGACAAAUGCCGCCGAUAUGCUUCCCAGUGGCUUUCCGUUCUCCUCAGUGAUUAAAAAUAUCACUGCAGCACUUGCUCAUGAAUCUCAAGAGAACCUGCAAGAGACAAUCCAAACAGCCGCUGAGCUCCUUCAGAUCAACACGACGGACCCGCAGUUCACAGAGCACCUCGGGAGCCUCCGAUCCCAGGUGUGCGCCUUGGAGAACACCGAGUCUGUGCGUCUGCUGAUGUGGGCCCUCUCCAUCGAGCCCGGUCAGCUGUGUCAUACUUUUCUACCCAGCCUGCAAAUCUUGGUUGAGAAUAUGAUGACGAAUACAACCUUACUGACCGACGCCCUCUUCGAGGCUGUCAUCGGAGACCCCAGAUCCUACAAUGUCCAUUCAAACUGGUCCUCUGUUUUGACAGAAGGGUUGGGCUUUGACACCAGUGACCUGAGCUCUUAUAACAUCAAAUUGUCAUCCCCAGGAACGGUAGCGGUCGGCGACCUGCUGAGGAAUAAAACAGCCUUCCUGUUAGAUGUUCAGCAACACAUGGACUUUGACCAAGCUGCUCUCCACCUCCUGAUGGAAACAAUGCUGCCAAAACAAAAUGUAGAGAUCCUGUCCUGGAUGGUCAACUUGCGUCAUUGCAGCUCGCCAGCAGCCUUGAACAUGAAAGCGACGGACGCGGCCAUCUUGCAGACCUUCUGCUCCCUCUCCUCAGGACAGUGGUACAGCUUCUCGCUGCUGAUGGCUCGGCAUAUCAACAUGGAGAAAGUCAUCUACAGAAUGGUUUUGUCUGAAGAACUGCAGAGCCUGGUGGGAGUUGUGCUCCAGAUCGCUGAGUCUUUAACCAACAUUAUGGACACAAUUCUUCCUGCUGUGGAUCAGCUUCAAACCUUUAUGCUCUCCAUCAAAGACCUCGACCUGGUGGCCGACCCAGAAUUUAAACAAAUGGUGAGGGGAAAGAGGAGCACCAUCUCCAGCAGAGCAACGUUUGUCACCCUCUCUCGAGCGCUGUGCAGUAAAGGAAUCCUGGCUCUGCUCGGAAUCUCAAAACUCCCCAUCUUGCCAGAGUCAAACUCCAUCUUCCCCGACCAGCGCCAGAGGGAGGAGAUGAUCGAGCGGUUCAACAUUCCACCGAAUGCCACUCCCUUCUGUAUGAACAUGUACCUGGACAUGGUGAAUACCACUGGAGGAGCCAUCGCCUGGGCCUUCCUCAAACCAAUGCUGAUGGGACAAAUUCUGUAUACCCCCGACACACCUGUCACCAGGGCCAUAAUGGAGAAGGCCAAUGCCACCUUGCAGGACUUUGCAAAUCUCAGAAAGUACUCCGAGGACUGGAUUGAAUCCUCCAACUACAUCAUGAAUUCUGCCGAAAUACUCACAUACACUUUGCCAAUGCUGCAGAAUUCCCUCAGCAAUUCUUUUGUUGAGAAUUUCAUUGAGAUGCAGACAGACAUCAAUGUCGGCAGAAUGAAGGAGACGCUCCGCAACUUCUCUAACAUUACCCUCAUGCUGGAGAACAACAAAGACGUAAUGAACCAGAUCACCACCUUGUCGAGCCUGAUGGUGAACAUCUCCUCCUGUAUCAAGUUUGACCGUUACCAUGGCUACGACUCUGCAGAUGAGCUCAACACUAGGGCUCAGGAACUUGCCAAAAGCCGUGAUCUCUAUGCAAGUGUCAUCUUCAAGCUUCCCAAAGACGAGGAUUCAUCAAAUGAGCGUCCGGCCGGGUCCUCCUCCGCCACAGCCUCCCUGCCUCCCAAAGUCAGCUACACCAUCCGCAUGCACAUGGACAACGUGAUGCGUACUGACAGAACCCGGGAACCUUAUUUUUACAAGGACAACCACAUCUCGGCCGGCCAGACGCUGCGCUACAACCGCGGCUUUGUCUACCUGCAAGAGAACAUUGACCGCGCCAUCAUUGAGACCCAGACCGGGCAGAGAGUCACAGAGCCAGCCGUCCAGCUGCAGCCCUUCCCCUAUCCCUGCCACUAUCGGGAUGAGUUCCUGGAGGCCAUCUCUUUUGUCUUCCCUCUCAUGUUGAUGUUAGCCUGGGUGCUGUUUGUGGCAGAUUUUGUGAAGAAACUGGUAUAUGAGAGAGAGCUGAGGCUGCAUGAGUACAUGAAAAUGAUGGGAGUAAACCCGCUCAGCCACUUCUUCGCCUGGUUCCUGGAGUGCGCCGCUUACUUGUCGUUGACCGUCUUCUCCCUGACGUUGGUGCUGAAAUACGGCAGCAUUCUGCCCAACAGUGACGCUUUCCUCCUUUUCUUGUACCUUUGCGAUUAUGCUUUGAGCAUCCUGUCGUUCAGUUACCUCGUCAGUUCCUUCUUCGACAAGACGUACAUCGCUGGCCUCAGUGCAAGUCUCCUUUACAUCCUCUGCUUCUUCCCCUUCAUUCUGGUCGUGGCCGUGGAGACACAACUCACCUUUUCCCAGAAGUCCGCUCUGGGUUUGUUUUCCCCUACCUGUUUCAGUUAUGCCAGUCAAUAUGUGUCUCGGUACGAGUCCCAAGGAGAAGGCAUUCAAUGGAGCAAUGCAUACACCUCGCCCAUAGCUGGAGACACAUCUUCGUUCGGUUGGCUGUGCUGGCUGCUGCUCAUCGACUCCAUCCUCUACUUCAUCAUUGGGGCUUACAUCCGCAUGGUCUUUCCAGGGAAGUACGGCCUCCCUGUCCCAUGGUACUUCCCCUUCCAGGCCUCCUUCUGGGCCGACUUGUGCUGUUGCGUUAAGUCAAACAAGAAGGAGAGAAAGGGACUCUUCUUCACCAACAUCAUGCAGAAAAACCAGCCCGUCUUCGACGACGACAAGGGAAAAGGCCAGAGCACUCUAUCCUCUCAAGCUGGGGAGGACUUCUCAAAGCUCCCAGUGGGCGUUUCUCUCUACGGUCUCAGCAAGAGCUACGGCGACCGGGCAGCAAUUGAAAACCUUAAUGUUUCCUUCUACGAGGGCCAUGUCACCUCCCUGCUUGGUCACAAUGGCGCUGGUAAAACCACCACAAUGUCUCUGCUGACUGGCCUUUUCGCACCAACUUCGGGCACCAUUGAGGUGUACGGCAGAGACAUGGAGACCAACAUCGAUGAAGUUCGCAAAGAGCUCGGAGUUUGCAUGCAAUACGAUGUCCUCUUUGACCACAUGACCACCAAGGAGCACCUGUUGCUCUACGCCAAGGUCAAGGCUCCACAUUGGUCAGCCAGGGAACUGCAUGAGCAAGUCCGCAAGAUCCUAGAGGAGACCGACAUGCACGCCCACAGACACAAGCGGGUGGGCGACCUGUCAGGCGGCAUGAAGCGCAAGCUCUCAAUCUCCAUUGCCUUCAUAGGGGGUUCUCGCUUGGUGGUUCUGGAUGAACCCACCACUGGAGUGGAUCCCUGCUCCAGGCGCAACAUCUGGGACAUUGUCAUCCAGUACAAGAAACAUCGCACCGUCAUCAUGUCCACCCACCACCUGGAUGAGGCUGAAGUACUGAGCGACCGCAUCGCCUUCCUGGAGAGAGGAGGUUUAAAAUGCUGUGGAUCCCCUUUCCAACUGAAAGACAAGCUGGGUCAGGGCUACAAGCUCACUCUCACCAAGAAGACGCAAAACUCGGAGCAGAUCGACAACGCUGAGCUGAAGGCCUUCGUCCAAGCUCAUGUACCAGAAGCUCGACUGAAGGAGGCCCUUGGGGGCGACCUGGUCUACUCCCUGCCCCCCUUCACCUCUUCCAACGCCCCUUCAUACCGCUCCCUCUUGACCGCACUGGACUCCAACCUGGAUGCCCUACAGCUGGGGGGCUAUGGCAUCUCUGACACCACCCUGGAGGAGGUUUUCCUCCAGUUGACUCAUGGGAAUGCAGAAGAAGAAGAUGGAACUGACCAAAGCCCCCUGUCUAUCUCAGAAACAAUUUCUGACAAUGAUUCCAUCGACAGCUUCUCUUCAGACUCCAGUGAAAGCAACUUUGAUGACAAUAUCAAGCUCACCGGUCCAUCCGUGGUGAGCGGCAUGGCCCUGGUAUGGCAGCAGACGACAGCCAUCAUGAUCAAGAGGUUCCACCACAGCCGCAGAGACUGGAAGGGCCUGAUCUCCCAGAUCCUUCUCCCUGUUCUGUUCAUGGUGAUUGCCAUGGGUAUGAGCUCCAUCAAGAGCGACCUGCAGCACUACCCUGAGCUGGAGCUCAGCCCGGCGCUCUACAGCUUUUCCCCCAGCUACUCUUUCUUCAGUAACCAAAAUCCUGACUCCAACAAGCUGAAGGACACCAUGAUGUCAUUCCCUGGGAUCGAUAACGCCUGCCUCGACAAGUCCGACAACCCGACCUGCGCAGAAAGCACAAACAACUGGAGUUCCAGAGGGAACAGCUCCAAAGCGUUUAGUGUCUGUAAAUGCAGCAGUCAGAAACAGAUUUGUGAUGGAGAUAGCUACCAGCCCCCCCACAAGAAGAUCCCUUCAUCUCACACUGUGUAUAACCUGAGUGGCGUCAAUGUGGAGAACUAUCUUGCGGCCACAGCAAAUGACUUCAUCAGGAACAGGUAUGGUGGCUUCGCCUUUGGCAUGCCUCUCCCUUCUGACUUACAGAUGGACCUAAUAGCGGUACCCAAAAACCGUACUCUGUCUAAGGUGUGGUUCAACCCAGAGGGUCAUCACACAAUGCCAGCAUACUUAAACAGCCUCAACAACCUCAUCCUGCGCUCCAAUCUGCCAGCAGACAAGGAUCCACAUAAAUAUGCCAUUUCCGUUUCCAGUCAUCCCUAUUUUGGCCGGGCAGAUGAUGAAGAUUCAAUCAUCCAGGGAUUGCUCCAGAUCAUGGUGGCUAUGUGUGUGCUGACGGGUUAUUCCAUCACGACAGCCAGCUUCGCCAUCUAUGAAGUCAACGAGCACCACAGUGGCUCCAAGCAGCUCCAGCACAUCUCCGGCAUCAGCGAACCCUUAUACUGGGCUGUGAACUUCUUCUAUGACAUGAUCAUAUAUCUGAUCCCCGUGACCUUGACUAUAAUCGUGAUUGCAGCUUUCCAGGUUCCAGCAUUCACAGAUCGGCAAAAUUUGGGCGCUGUCACCGUGCUUCUGGUGCUCUUUGGGUGGUCUACAUUCCCCUGGAUGUAUCUGUUAUCCGGCAUCUUCAAGGACACAGAGAUGGCCUUCAUCUCCUAUGUGUGCAUCAACCUCUUCAUCAGUGUCAACACCAUCAUGUCCACCUCCAUCCUGUUCUUCUUGAGUGAAAUUUCAAGACACAACCAUGAGUUCAUCAAGGGGAUCUUCGACAGCCUCAGCCAAGCCUUCCUCAUCUUCCCCCAGUUCAACUUUGGGAAUGGUUUGAUGGAGCUAGCCAGGAAGAACAUGGCGGUCCAGCUGCUCAGUGGCUACGGCAUUGACGCCUAUCAGAACCCGUUCUCCAUGGAUGAUGGCCUGGGCUGGAUGUUUCUCUCCUCUUUCAUCCAGGGCUUGGUGUUCUUCACGCUGCGCCUCCUACUCAACAAGUUUCUUAAACGCAAAAUCAGGGAUCUAAUAUGGGCCAGUAAGCCAGUACCACAGGUGGCCUGUGGGGAGGAAGAUGAAGAUGUGGCAACUGAGCGCCUGCGUGUGUCCACUGGAGCGGCCAGCACGGAUGUUCUGCAGGUCAACCAGCUGACUAAGGUCUAUCAACACCUCAAUAAGAAGGUCCAUGCCGUCAAGAAGCUCUCUGUGGGCAUCCCUGCUGGAGAGUGCUUUGGUCUGCUGGGAGUGAACGGAGCAGGAAAAACCACCACUUUUAAGAUGCUGACUGGAGAUGUCAGCCCAACUGAUGGCACAGCACAGAUCAGGGAUUGGGAUGGGCGGUUGGUGGACAUCAUGGAGUGCCGUAACAAGGGAAUCAACAUCGGCUACUGUCCCCAGGUCGACGCGCUGGACAAUCUGCUCACUGGAAAAGAGCACCUGUACUUCUACGCUCGCAUCCGAGGCAUCUCAAAUAAGGAGAUAGACGGGGCGGUGGACUACCUCCUUAAGAGGCUGGAGCUAAUCUACCAUAGAGACGUCAUCACUGAUAGUUACAGUUGCGGCACCCGCAGGAAGCUCUCUACUGCGCUGGCUCUCGUCGGACAUCCUCAAAUCCUACUCCUGGACGAGCCAAGCUCUGGCAUGGACCCUCGCACCAAGCGUCACCUUUGGAAAAUCAUCUCUGAAGAAGUGAAAGGAAAAUGUGCCGUUGUGCUCACUUCUCACAGCAUGGAGGAGUGUGAGGCACUGUGCAGCCGUCUUGCAAUCAUGGUGAAAGGUCAGUUCCGUUGCCUGGGCUCCCUGCAGCACAUUAAGAACAGGUUUGGCAGCGGGUUCACCGUGAAGAUGUACCUGGCCGAUGCCUCCUGUGACGCAGAAGCAAUCACUUGCUUCAUGCGAGACCGAUUCCACAGCACAUACCUCAAGGACCAGCACUCCAACAUGGUGGAAUACCACGUACCAACUGCUCCAGGGGGGGUGGCUGACAUCUUUGACCAGCUGGAGUCAAACAAGAAUUCCCUGCAGAUCAAACACUUCUCCGUGAGCCAGACCACACUGGAUGAGGUCUUCAUCAACUUUGCCAUGGGAAAUAUCACCAUGGAAUCCAUAUCCCUGGACGGUGAAGGAGGACAUUAUGACCUGGACUCCAUCAAGGCAGAAGAAACAUAGAACUAAAUGCCAAUCUUUUCUUUGCCAUUUCUUGUCAAUAUCUAUUGUGAAACAAAAUGCAAUAUCUGUCUGUAUUAAAUCUGCAAUUGCCAUGUAUGUUAAAAAAAGAAUACUUUCUGCUCUAAAUUAUACUGAUUAUGAUAAAGGUGAUACAUUUAAGUUCUCUGUCAAACCACACACAUGUUUACCUUUAAUUCUCUUGAUUUUAUUUUAAUGAAGGAUGAUAAUGAUUUAAUGAAGAAUUAUAAUGAUUUAAUCAUAUAGGGAGUGAUGUUAUCUUUGGUUGGGGCACUGAAAACAAAAACACAUUAUUUUUUAACUAAGAAUGAUAUUAAUUUUACCUUAAUGUUACAUCACCUUAAAGCACUCACAUUAAAUAUAAAAAUAUAUAAAUUAUUUUUUAAAUUAAUUUCUUUAAUGAAAAUGCAUGGCGGAUUCAAUUUGGCAAAAGAAAACGUUUCAAAACAUCCUCAAUAUGCAGAUUUUCAAGUCAAUAAAACUUGCCAUUGGGCACCUAACUAUUAGAAUUCGUAUAAUGAACAUGUAAUAGACCUUCCCCAUCUAAUGGGCCAAUUCUCAACCAAACCGAAUGUGUCAAGCAUAUUUUUAUCUAUUUAUCUAAUAAAGAUAUAUAUCAAAUGCAA